UUGACCCGUGUUAGAGUUCUAUCCCUUACAUCAAUGGCGGAGAAAAACGUAAACAAAUGAAAUUUACAUUAUGAGUUUAAUUCGAGGAUCAAUUUUAGUGGUUUGUGCAGCAUUAUCAUGGAAUAUUUUGUCACUGAUGUUUAAACCGAAACUUCCACCAAUCGUAGAGGGCUAUUUCCAUCCAAAAUUUAGAAGAGUAGCUGAAAUAUUCAGAAAUAAAAUAGAAAAUGGUAAAGAGAAAGGUGCAGCAUUUGCCUUGUAUUAUAAAGGAGAAUUAUUGAUCGAUUUAUGGGGAGGAUAUGCUGAUGAAGAUUCGGCACAACCAUGGGAUAAUAAUACUCUCACAUUGGCGUUUUCUAUUUCUAAAAGCAUGGCAGCCAUUACAGCUGCUAAGAUGGUGGAAAAGGGAUGGUUAGACUAUAGUAAACCUGUUUCAGCUUACUGGCCAGAGUUUAAAGUCAACAGUAAAGAUAAUAUUACAGUAGAGAUGUUAUUAAGUCAUCAGGCAGGUUUGUUGCAUCCAGCUCCAAAUUUUAACUCUCUCCAGGAUAUUCUGUUGAAUAAAGAAGAAUUGCAGAAAGAGGUUGCCGAGGCAACUCCUGAGUGGCCAUCAGGAACACAACAUGGCUAUCAUAUGCUGUCCUUCGCCUUAUUGGUAGAUACACUUCUUCAAAAAGCUGAUGUAAAACAUCGUAAUAUAGGUCAGAUAUUUAAAGAAGAAAUAGCAGAUGAAUAUGGCAUAGAUUUUUUUAUUGGUUUGCCAUAUGAAGAGAAUUAUCGAGUGACAAAGUCUACUUUUAUAACGACAACACAUACAUUGUUAGGUGUUUUAUUGUCAUUCGAUAUCAAUUAUAUCAAAUUUUAUAUGAGUGCUAUAUUUAACCCUACAUCACACACAGCCUCGGCUUUUAAAGCACCGAAAGAGAUUGAAGAGCGUGAUAGACAGAAUAAUCCAGUUAUCAGAGCCGUACCAUUUACAAGUAGUAACGGUUAUUCCUCAGCGAAAGCGUUAGCUAAAAUAUUUGGCAUUUUGGCAAGUGGGGGAACUUAUCAAGGGAAGCAACUCUUAUCAAAAGAUUCAAUAGAAAAAUUAAACACUAAAAUGGUAGAGGGUUUAGAUAAUACUUUAUUAGUAAACAUGUCGUAUGGACGAGGUUUCAUUCGUCUUAAAAACUCACAGGGUGACACUGUUUAUGGGCAUACAGGUUAUGGUGGUCAAGUGGCUUUUGCUGAUAUGACCAAUCAGUUUGGUCUAUCUUAUGUAACAAAUUAUCCUUCAUUUUAUUUCCUCAAUGAUGAUCCACGUUUCAAUGAUUUAGAGAAGGUCACUUAUGUAUGUUUUCAAGAUUAUAGUGCUUCUCAAAAAACGUAACAUCCACUUUUUAUUGCAUUUUUUAAAAAAAAUUUUAAAAAUAUAUACUGUCUAAAUUUGCAAAUUUCUGAGAUGUAUUGAUUUACUUGUAUUCAUCUAUUUAUAUUAUUAAUAAGAUUGUUUUAAUAAAAAUAAAAGUCU